UUUGACAGUCUGAGUGACUCCAAGACGAUUUCUAUUUUUUAACAUACUCGGCAGUGGGAAAGAUGAUUUUGUGGGCUCUUCUUCUACUGAGCAUGGCUUUUUGCCCUGUAUCACCAAUGCCUUCAUCAACUGUAACUAAUGUUGAUGAGGAACGGAAAGACAUUCCUGAUAUAAACAAAGAUUUACAUCUUAAAGAGGGAGACAUCAUGGUGUCAAGGCAAAAGAGUUCACUUUUGGAUAAACAAUCCAGAUGGGAAAUCCCUGUCCCCUACAUGCUGAGUGCUUAUCUGAGUGUGGACUAUAGAGGAGUUAUACUGAGAGCUUUUGAGCAGUUCAGACUGAAAUCAUGUAUUGACUUUAAGCUCAGGACGACAGAAGAAUUUUACAUCUCCGUGGAGUACUUUGAUGGGUGUUGGUCAUAUAUCGGGCGGAGUUCCCCGGGUCAGAGUCUUUCCAUUGGUAACGGCUGUGGAAUCAUAGGCAUUGUUGAGCACGAGUUUCUUCACGCACUGGGAUUUUACCAUGAACAGUCAAGAUAUGACAGAGAUGAUUAUGUGACAAUAAAAAUUGAAAACAUCCUCUCAGGCAAAGAGAGCAAUUUUGAUAAAUACAGUGAGAGUGUAACAAGCAUCCAAGGCACACCGUAUGACUACAUGUCUGUGAUGCAUUAUGAUAAAAAUGCCUUCAGCAAUGGUAAAGGAUCCACAAUCAUCACCAGACAUCCUGAGUUUGAGAAUGUGAUUGGUCAGCGUCUGGGCAUGAGUGAAUAUGAUGCUGUUGAGCUCAACUUACUCUACAAAUGCAAUUCAUCCACGUCUUUCCUUGACCACUGUAGUUUUGAUGACGAGUCUCUGUGUAAGAUGAGUGUUUGUUCUUCAUCUGAACACGGAUGGCAGAGGGUGAGUUCAGUGAGCGAUGUCAAUGUAACUGACCACACCUACUGGAGCAAAGAGUCAAAUGGCACCUCUUUCUUCAUGCACUUCAAUGCAGUGGGGAGAAAUGAGGGCGACUCGGCUCGACUGGAGAGCAGAGAAAUGACCCCGACAAGAGAUUGCAAAGUUCAGUGCCUGCAGUUCUAUUACCAUCACAGUGCCAAUGAGAAUGACCAGCUCAACAUCUGGAUCAGGGAAUACCGUGACGCCGCAGACAGAAGAGGAACUUUGAGACUCAUGGACCAGAUCACAGGACAGCCUAAUAACUACUGGCAGCUGCACCACGUGCCAUUAAAUGCAAAUAAAACCUUCCAGGUCGUAUUUGAAGCCCGUAAAGGAGCUGGAAACUCCAGUGGUGGUUUCUCAUUGGACGAUAUCAAUAUUUCACAGACCGAAUGUCCUCACAUAUGGCAGAUAAGGAACUUUGAGAAGCUCAUGAAUGAAAUACCGACUGGUUCUGACAUAUACAGUCCAUUGUAUUACUCUAGUGACGGUUAUCGCUAUCAGGUGUUCUUGAGGAAUGACGUGACUUACUUUUCGAUGUAUGUCCGUCUGGUGUCUGGUGAGUUUGAUGAUAAGCUGCAGUGGCCUUGUCCAUGGAGACAAGUGACCUUCCAGGUGCUUGACCAGAAUCCACACAUGCAGAGACGCAUGUCCUAUGAGAGCAGCAUCACCACAGACCCAACUUUGGUUACUGAAGAUGGCACAUAUUUCUGGAACAAUCCUCGAAUCAAUGGAACUCAAACCAUUAUUGGCAAUGAAUCUGUAUUUGUUUCACGUGGAUUUGGCUAUCAGUAUUUCAUGUACAAAGAUGAGCUCACUAAAAGAGACUUUCUCAAGGGUGGUGACAUCAUAUUUCUCUUCAGCAUGCAAGAUCUCUCAUGGCUGCUUCAGUAUGAAUCUGUACCCUGUCCAAAUGUGAAAGUGAAGCAUAUCAACGCUACGGUUAAUGAAAAUAUCAGUCAGGGUCCAUGUGUUUCCAGGGCUCUUACCACCCCACAGCCAAUCAUUACAACUGUACCGGGACCCAAUGAUCAUGACUGUCUGGAUAUUUUCUGUAGUUCCAGCUCCAGGACUCCGUCCUCUCUGAUCCUCUUAGUGGUUUUGUUUCUGUUGAUGCUGAAAUAAUCAUGAGAAAUAACAGUUUCAUAACUUAACAAAAAAUUUAAUUCAAUCACUAGAUUCAUGUUAAUCCAUCUGUUAUUUCUGGUAUAUGAUCAAUUUGUAUUACAUGAGCUACAGUAUAUAUAGCACUCAUCAUGUUCUUUUUAACCCUAAAACUUACAUGUUUAAAUAUGAAUAUUCCUUAAAUUGUGUGACAUCAUUGCCUAAAUCCUGAAAACAAGUUAUUAAAAUGUGUUUGAAUUUUAA